CGGAGGAGGUGAGGUUCAAAAUGAUCAUUUUUUGUCCCACUUGACGUGGAAUGCCCCCAUACAUAUAUCUGCGUUUUUAACCAUUAGAUGAAACAUUAGAUAAUUGUGCUUUGCCCUAAGAGUCUAUAGCAAGCCUCUGUUGCUGCAUCAUCUACGAUUGUUAGUUGCUGACGCCUGGGAAUUUAAUAGACACAAUGGAGAAGGGCAUGGCGGAAUCCUAUGCUGCUGGGGUUGCAGCUGACAGAGUGAACCAGGCUACCAGCACAAUAUUCUUUGACAAAGGAAUGAUCAGGUCAAAGAUAGUCCUCCUGAAAAUUGCAGAGGCGGUGAUGAACCUGAUCUGCAUAAUCUGCGUGGCCUGCGCGUUCAACCCCUACGUCUCUCAGGCGACCUUUCUCGAGUUUGUCGCCUCGACCGGUAUCAUCGUGGCGGUGAUUCUGGGCGUUCUGUACGUGUUUCACAUCAGAGAGAAGGUUGCCCAGCUACUGCGACUGAACUUUACGGAGUGUGUGUUCGCGGCCGUCUGGUGCUUCUUCUUCUUCGCAGCGUCUACAGCGUCCGUGGUGCACGGCAGCUCCUACCAGUACCAGCAGGCGCUGAUUGCCGCGGGCUUUUUCGGCUACCUGUCGAUGGUGCUGUACGGCAUCGACGCGUUCCUCAUGUUCCACGCCUGGAGGACCGGCCAGACGGCAGCGGCCCAGCAGGCCUCUGAGCAGGUCACCACGCCGGCCUACUAAGCCACCCGCCGCCGGCCGCCUCCGUGUCGGCUCAGCGCGGCCGGCCAGAGGGCGCCCUCGGCGCGCUGCCGCCCUGGGCAGACACCGGCGCGGCCGGCCACCGGUGGACACUCUGCACUGCCCGGAGUCCGGCACCCACCGCACGAUAGGUCAGCCAUCCACGUGUGAGCGGCGGGGACCACUUUACGGGAUAUGGCUAAAUCCUGAUCGGCGACGUGACACGAGGACACCUAAAAUGCCCUUAUUUGAUAGAUCUGUUGAUUAUUGUUCGUUGUUAUUCGUUUGGUGGGCAUCUGCGGAGUUCUAAUUUGGAGUAUCUUUUUCACUGCUCUUUAAUUCAGAUUCACUGUCACCAAGAACGUCGUUUACAAUUUUGUCGAGUAAGCAAUAACAUAGCCCGGAGAAGGACAAUUCUAACGAAUAGUGUUUGUCUAAUGAAACAACAACCUGCGGUUACUUUUCGAUGCUAGUGCGUGAUAGCCGUUCCAAAAAGCACAGUUGCUCAAUGUUACAUUCCCAAUGAGACUUCUUUCAAGCGGUGGCCACUCGCACCUGCACUUUGCACCAGUAUGGGUGUGGCUUUUUGCGAAGUAAGAUUGGUUUGGUAAUUGUUUGGACUCUGUUAAUUACCGCAUGAGGGCUUAUAAUGUUGUCAGCUGGUACUAAACGCGCUGAACUCCUCAUUGUAGCAGUAUGUCAGAAUUGGCCUGGUUUGACUCUGAGGGGGUAACGGUGGAGCCCAGUCUAGCUUCGGCUGUUUAUCAACGAAGGGGUAUCGCAGGGUAGCCUAUUAAGCCCACUGUUUUUGGACAGUGCCAGCCAAGGACGCUUUAUAUCUUUCGUUUGGCAGUAAAUUAAACCGCACACGGAUCGAAGUGUCACCAGACACCAGUGAAAGUCACCAGGCUGCCACCUAUUUUGUUAUUGCUUUACGCACUGGACCUUUAUGACCGAUCAUUUGCUGACUUUGUAAUCGCUUUACCGUGAUAUGUGAUAGUUUCGCUGAGGCAUUUUAACUAAUUGCCGUCAUUCUCGAUCAAGAUCAAACUUUGGGUUCCAUAGGACUUUUGGGACCCAUAAGACUUUACGUACACAUUUAAACGAUUAGAAAAAACCGGGUUCCUACUUCCUAGUGUAGCCUGGUGGUGCCAUUGGUCUCACUCAAUCCAACAAUAGCUUACAUGUGUAGUUCAGACGAUGAUCAGGCAGUUCGUGGUUUUAGAAAGCAUAGCAAUCGGCUGCGUUAGCCGUUAUUUAUCUGCGAGGUUCACCUUAUUGUUCGUCAUUUCGUUGCCAUGCAGUCCGUCGCAGCUACAAUUACAACGAUAAGCCGCCAUGGCGGCAGCUUUCCCCCGAGCCUUGUAAAGCUUGUGUGCCUCGUUUCUGUAGUGUUUUCGCGCAGGACCAGUCGAUCGUAUAGGAGCGGAGGAGAUAAGAGAAGUUCGAUGUUGUCUAUUGUGUGUAGCUUAGCGGCCAGUUGGUGCGAUGGUGUGCUGUAGGUACCCUGCUCCAAAAUCCCUGUCGUGGUGUAGUGCACGCGUUGCUCCUCUACAACCGGUAGAUCGCUUUAGUCCAGAACGGCAAGUAUCCGCCGUGGAAUCACAUCUGUGUGUUGGUGCUUCCUUUUCAGCGUGUUUUGAAAUAUGCUGGUAGUGGUACAAUGUGGGGUUUACCGCAUUACGUUUUCGUUUCUUAUUGUAUUGAUAGCCGCGGGGCCAGACAGUCAGGUGCUUUACAAAUUUAUUUAAUGGUUGUGCUUGGAGCAGUGGUAGUCGAAGUAGUACUCGUUCGCACUUUUCUGUACAUUCGUAUUUAUGCAGUGUGUACACCCGCUACGGCAACCAUUGCCCACGUGGUACAAUUAUAUUAGCUGUCAUGAUCGUAGCAUCGCGACCACAUAUCAGCUGUGGCGUGUGUAGAGUGUUGUGCUUUACGGCGCCGAGUCCGGUCACCAGCGUAGGCACCGCGGCGUGUCUGCCCACCGGCGUGUGUCUCCGGCCACUGCACCGCCGGCGUGUGCGGUCCCCAGGCAACCAGCCGGCCGGCCAGAGCUUCGUGGCGUCGUACACUGCAUGCUGUCGUGAUCGUGCAACAAUAAAUGGACUCGGUAUGUGGC